AGGCGCUCGCUCCCGCGGCCAGGGAUUGACCCUGUCGAGUUCCCGUAGCGGUGACAGCAAAACAACGGGCAGUGGAGCUGCGGAAGUAACGGGGGCAGUGUGACGCUGGGACAGCCCUGCCGGGGACCCCGCUCCGUACGCCGAGGCUUCAGUAAAAGGCUUAUGGAGUGUCUGUAACCGUUGUGGAAGCUCAGGGUUCAGCCAGGAGAAGCUGACCGGAGACCAGCCUGCUCCGGAUACAAGGCGUGAAUGAGCGAGGAGGAUACCACCACUGCCCUCGCUGAAACCGUCCUACGUUUCCUCUGCCAUGAUGACAUAGACACAGUGAAGGAGCUAUGUGCCGAUUGGUUUCCCAUCGAGUACCCGGACUCCUGGUACAGGGACAUCACAUCCAACAAGAAAUUCUUUUCCCUGGCUGCCACUUACCACGGGCAAAUCGUGGGCAUGAUUGUGGCAGAAAUAAAGAGCAGGACCAAAGUGCACAAAGAGGAUGGGGACAUCUUGGCAUCCGGUUUCUCUGGGGACACGCAGGUGGCAUACAUCCUGAGCCUGGGAGUAGUGAAGGACUUCCGCAAACAAGGGAUCGGUUCUCUGCUGUUGGAGAGUUUGAAGACCCACAUCUCCAGCACAGCCCAGGAUCAUUGCAAGGCUCUCUACCUGCAUGUCCUGACCACCAACAGCAGCGCCAUCCGCUUCUAUGAGAACCGCCACUUCCACCAGCACCACUACCUGCCCUACUACUACUCCAUCCGCGGGGUCCUGCAGGACGCCUACACCUACGUGCUGUACCUCAACGGAGGGCACCCUCCUUGGACAGUCCUGGAUUAUCUGCAGCAUUUGGGCUCUGCUCUGGCUGGUCUCAGUCCUUGUUCUCUGCCGCAAAGGAUCUACCGUCAAGCUCACACUCUCCUGCGCAGCCUGCUGCCCUGGUCCGGCAUCUCUGCCAAGAGUGGGAUUGAGUACAGCCGCACGAUGUGACCGCAGAUCCGUGAGCCUCAAAACAGCAGCAGUUGACCUAUGAAUGAUGCCCUCCACCAUCUACUUCUCCACCAACUCAAGACAGGACACGGAGCCAAUGUCUCGGCAGGACGGUGCCGCCUUAUGACCCGCAUCGUACGGGGCUCCUCUAUGAUCUGACAUGGAUGUGUAUAGUUGUUUUAAGGCCUGUUGGGGUUACUGUUCAUGACGCAUUAUGGGUCCACUGUGCAUCCGAACUUAAAACAAUGACUUUACAUGGGUUACCCUGCUACGUCAAACGGUGUAUCCUCCUA